CGCGGGUGGGACACGGCAGGAGCGCGCGGCGGAGCUGAGAGGGGAUGAGCCGGGAGCGAAACAUUUGAAGGUGGACCCCAAAAGAGCAGCGUCGUUUCAUUGUGACUGGGAAGAAAACAAAAACAACAACAAAAGGAAAAAAAAAAAUAAAAAAAAAUAAAAAAACAAACAGGCGACGUUCACACUGGAAGAACCGGAGCUUUAUUUAGGAUACAGCAGAUAAUUAUAGGAAUUAUCCUGUUUUGUCCCUCUCUUUUUUUAUAUAUAUUUUUCUAUACAUUUUUCAGCGUCUUCACAUGAUUUUGACUGGAACUGACGCGUUCUUGGCGAGACUGAGGAACAAAAUUUUGAAGAUUUGUAUUUUUCUUUUGUUACAGGAUAUCAGUUUUAAACAUUUUGAAUCAGGGAACUAUAWGCUGAACAUUCCCUCGCGCUUUAUGGAUUAAAUUACAGGAGCUUUGUUUUGGAUGAGAACACGUUGGGCAUCAUGAGUUCCAGCGCUUAUCAACAGGGUUCAGCACGCACUGAGAGGAGCUCUGAACCAAUCCGAUGCCAGCGAUGUCGAGAAGCAUGCAAAGGGGAGGUGGUUCGAGUCCAAGAGACUCACUUUCAUGUCAAAUGCUUCACCUGCACUGUGUGUAACUGUGAUCUGGCACGAUCCGGCUUCUUCCAGAAGAAGGGCGAGUACAUUUGUACGGCAGACUACCAGCGGUUGUACGGUACACGCUGCGACCGCUGUGACAGCUUUAUCACAGGAGAGGUGGUCUCUGCUCUGGGCCGCACGUACCACCCCAAGUGCUUUGUCUGCAGUGUUUGCAGUAAACCCUUCCCGAUCGGAGACAGGGUGACGUUCAGCGGGAAGGACUGCGUGUGCCAGCAGUGCUCCCAUAAACUUGUCAAGUCAAAUGAACCCAUCAAGAUCCACGGGCCCAGCCACUGCGCAGGCUGUGGAGCAGAGAUCAAGCAGGGUCAGUCUCUCCUGGCGCUGGAGAAGCAGUGGCACGUCAGCUGCUUCAGAUGCCAGACCUGCAACAUGGUCCUCACAGGAGAGUACAUCAGCAAGGAGGGAGUACCGUACUGUGAAGCAGAUUACCACGCCCAGUUUGGGGUGAAAUGCGAGACCUGCAACCGAUACAUCAGUGGAAGGGUUCUGGAGGCAGGAGGGAAACACUACCAUCCGUCCUGCGCUCGCUGCGCUCGCUGCAACACGACGUUCAAAGAGGGAGAAGAAAUGUAUCUGACAGGAUGUGAGGUGUGGCACCCUUUAUGCAAGCAGGCGGCGAGAGCCGAGAGGAGACUCAGACACAGACGCCUGUCAGAGACCUCCAUCUCCCCGCCAGGAUCCUCUAUAGGCUCUCCAAAUCGAGUUAUAUGUGCCAGAGUGGAGAGUGAGAUCCUAGAUUAUAAGAACCUAGCUGCCCUGCCAAAGGUCAAGGCCAUAUAUGAGGUCCAACAGCCGGACCUCAUAUUCUCCUCAUACCAGCCGUACCACAGAUACACCUCUGAUGACAGACUAGACACUUACAGCUAUGGGGAGUCGCUUGGGACUCUUUCUCCGUAUUCUCAGGACUUUGACAUUCUGGAUGCCAAACAGCGUCGGAGUUCCAGUCCAGGUUACAUCGACUCCCCUUUGUACAGUCGUCCAGGCAUGUCUCCCAUCAUGCCUCGAUCUCCACAGCACUUUGGCUACCCUGGCUCUGAGAGUGGCAGGAGUUCACCUUAUUAUGGCCAAGAGGAGCGAUCAACCACACCCACCACAAACCAGCCCCCUAAACAUUUUCAUGUCCCAGCCACAGGGGACCACAACAUCUACAGGAAGCCGCCCAUCUAUAAGAGAACGGACAAUCAAAUGGAAUCAGCCACAAAAAGUAGAACCAGUGAAGACAUCCUCAGGUCGUCCAGUCUGUCCACUUACUCACCAGAGCCAUACACACAGUCAGAGUCUGACUACUACCCAUACACCAGCUCCCCCAGGGCCUAUCGCAUGCCAAGAAGACGCUUCUCGACGGGAGGAGAUGAAGAGAGUUGGAGUCAGAGUCUUCAAAGAGUUGGGAGUGGCAUCGGGAGGAUGAUCCUAAAGGAGGAGAUGAAAGCCAGAUCUGGUUCCUAUGACAAUGACCCCUGGGGCAGCGCGAGGAAUUCUCGUAGCGGGAGUAAAGAAACGCUGAACACAACGGGCUACGGGACAACGGCAUACAACAGCAUCUUCAACGGCUCUCCUCGYUCUCAGUACAGCACUGAUAGUGAUUUUGGUUGUAAAUCYGCCUCACUAUCAGGGUAUGGACGCAAUGGAAUCCAACGGCCUCAGAGUGCAGAUUGCUACCAGUACCAGUACGACGACAGCAGUGAGGUCAACUGGGGAAACAGGGAACACAAGAUUUACCCCUAUGAGUCACUCAUUGUCACCACAAGAGGGCGCAGCAGGCUGCCCAAGGAUGUCGACAGAGCCAGACUAGAACGCCAUCUUUCCCCYGAAGAGUUUACCCAAGUGUUCGGUAUGACCGUGGAAGACUUCGACCGGCUGGCCUUGUGGAAGAGGAACGAGCUGAAGAAACAGGCCCGACUGUUCUAAUUUUAUUCGGACACGUGUUAUAAAAGCUGCCAAUAGUAGAACCUUGCUGCUCUAUUACACUGCCAUGCCAGAGAGCCUGCUCCAGAUCUCCUCACAACCAAAUUCUGAAGAACUGGUGCAAGGUUGCCAGUGCAGCUGUUUGCUGGACUGAAGUGUAAAGCAAUAGAGACUGUCACGCUGUAGUGCUGUGCUUUUUUAUUUCUUUGAAGUCCAAAUGAUGGAGGAGGGUGUGCCUGUGCACACCCAUAUGGACACAAGACAAGCGUCUGUGACCAGAGCUGCAGUACUGAAACUACAAGAGGUGGAUUUUGGCUUUGCCUUACUUUGUUAUGCUCCUUUAGUUAUGACUGUGCAGCACCAGCAAUCUGAAUGAGUAGAGUCUAGAUACAGUUUAUCAUUUAUGACACUUUAUCGGUGUGAAUGAUUCAAAAAAGAAGAAUGAGUGUGAGCAUCACUUCUGUUUCGCUUCGUAUCCAUUUGAUCUCUUCCCAUUCCUGCUGUUUUACAUGAAAUGAUGUUAUGGUUUACACUUACAAAAACAGAAAGAUAAAAGCUUUUUUUUGUCUCUCUCUCUCUCCUUUUUUUGUGACKACGAUUGAUUUUGUGUGAAAAUAAAAACCAGAGAAUCAAAAUCUAUAGUUUAGAAGAGCAUUUCCGUGCAACAGAUAUAGCUCACUAUGAUGCUGUACGGUAACCAGAGAAUGUGCAAUUCAAUAGAUUUGUUACAAAUCUUAUUUCCAGAAAAGUUGGUGUUAAGUAGCUAGGUAUUCUGUAUCUCCUUCAAAUCUGUAUUUUAGAAUUUGAUGUGGCGUCACCUGCCAGUACAGGGAAAAAAAUAUAUAAAAUAUACAGACAGAUGGGCACAGUUAGCUUCACAAACCACUAAUCUGCUAUCUUUGGUAAUGCUAAAGGAGGAAUUCAGACCAAAGCUUUACAGUUCCACUUCACACAAACCCCAACUGAGUGGGUAUGUUUAAAACAAGGAUUUUAAAGCAUGAUAUYUCCACUUUAAAAUAGAUGUUUUACAAUUGAGAAUUUUCCAGUGGACCGAAAAUUAGUGAAACCUAAUUUAGCAGAAGCUAAUUGGUCCGCUAACGGUCACCAAAGUUAGUGAAAAAUAAUUGAGUCCACAAAACGAGAAGCUAGUUCCACUGUCAGUUAUAUUAUUAGUUAGCAUAUUAGUGAUUUAGCAGAACUGUGCCCACAACUGAAAACAGACAGUAGGAUAAUCUUGUAGAAGACUGUGUUCAGUAAAAUAUUACGUGACAGCUGAGGUUGCCAAAAUAAAAGCAGCAUCCACCGAACAUUUUGUUUCAUACAGGAAAGUAUAUACGUCAUGGCCCACUCCAGCCAGAACAUCAUUCUAUUGUUACAAAAAAACAUCUGCAGUUCAUAAUAUUUUAAUAAGUUUCAGGUAAUAAAGGAAAUGUUGUGUGUAAAGCUGGAAAGCACCUUUGGAUAACGUGUAACCUGAAACUGGAUUGCACAUCCUGCUUAGUCAGGGCAUGAACUCAUCUCUGAUGGACCGGAAGAGAGAAGACAUGAUUCAAGGUCUGAUAAUUUGGCUUGCCUUUGAAAAAAUAAAAAUAAUUAAAUCCUAUAAGCAAAACAUGAGGUUGACCAUAUAGGAUGUUUUUAGCAAAAGUUGCAAAAGCCAGAAUUUUAUUAUUAUUAUUAUUAUUUUUGAUGGAACAAACUUGGGAUAUGUGCCAUAUGGGCAGACGUUAAUGAUGAAAUCUUUGAAAGAUGUACCAAAAACACGUUUUUUUGAUUGAUGAGAAGCUAAAAUGUUGAAAUCUGUGAAUUACUGCUGAAAUAGAAACAUAUCCUUUAUUUAAAAUCACAACAAAGAAUUUUUGUCGUGAUUUGAGGAAAAAUMACCAACUUCUCUGGAAAUCAAGUGUGUUCUUUUUGGCUUGUUUUCUCAGCCCACUGCAGUAAUAUGAGUUCAUGUUCUGCAUUAGGUCAGWGUAGUCAACCAUGAACUUACAUCCACUAAUUAUUAUAUUUUAGAAAAGAAAAGACUAAUUGAAUAAUUUUGUAGCUCCAGAGAAUAUUUCUCCUGACAAAGACACACUCAUGCAUCUCACACAUAUUCAGACCCAGGAGUUGUUAGACUUCUUUUGAAUACUGCUCAUUUUGAUUUGACAUUAAACUGCAAAACCUAAAA